AUGACAAGAAUUCGCGUUGCGUCAUCGAACUUUUUACUUUUCACCCUUCUCCUACUGCCACUGAUAUCAGCCCGCUUCGGCGGCGAUUUCCGCGCCUUCGUCCACAAUCGCUACGGCCUUGAGAUCGCGCAGAAGCUGGAGCGGCUUGACAUUGGAGAAGACGCAUCAUUCGGAGGCAAUGAAGCCGGCGAAGGCCGCUACAGAGGCCAACCAGUCAUCAUUGUCCAUGGCAUUACUAACAAGGUUUCCAGGUUUCAGGUAAGGCGUGGGUUUUGUAAAAAUAACAAUUUUAUGUGGGUGCAGAGUAUUUUAAAAGGACUAGCGUUCAGGGUAAGCCAGGGUAAGGGUUUUCAAGAUAAGAUUGGGCGUUUUAGGGUAGGGUAGGGCAUUUAAAACAGGGUAGGACGUUUUCAAGAAGGGUAGGUUAUGAGAGAGGGGUAGAGUUAAGAGUAGGGGUAGAAAUAAGGGUAGGGAUAGAGGUAAGAGUAAGGGUAGAAAUUGGGGCAAGUGUAUGGGUAAUGAUAUAUAUCCCUGCCAUUUUCAGCACACAGUGAAUGAAUUACGAAAACAUGGCUACAAAGGUGGAGUAUUUGGUACUACUUAUGGCGAUGGAGGUACUACGCCAGCUGGAUUGGUAGAAAUGAAGUGUGAAUACGUUAAGCAGAUCAGGUAAACCCUUACCUACCCUAUCAUACCAUACUCUAUCCUGCCCUACUCUAACUUACCGUACCAUAUCUUACCCUGCCCUACUCUAACCUACCUUACCGUACCGUACCCUACCCUGCCUUACCGUACCCUACCCUACCCUACCCUACCCUACCCUACCCUACCCUACCUCACCAUAUUGUACUCUAGUUUACCUCUCCUCAGCCUACCCUACUCGAAACUUUAUCAAAAACUACAGUAAUCUCCCCUAUUCAGAAGCCUAAUAAUAGCCGUGUACGAGUACAUUGGUGACAAAGUUGAUAUAAUCGCCUACUCAAUGGGCUCCCCAAUAGCACGUAAAGCAGUAAUGGGUGGUCUAUGUGUCGACACUAGAGAAGUGAUCGGCCCUCCAAUAACAGAGCUGGUCGAUACCUUCUUAAGUGUAGCCGGCUCCAACUCUGGCACGACUUUAUGCUUUGUACCAAUACCUGUUGGUACUUGUAAUCGCAAAAACGGCCUUCAUUGUGAUUCCGAAUUCUUGGCCGACAUUAAUAGUCAGCAAAGAUACGAAGGAUCUCAUACCUUCAGCAUCUUUUCGACUCAUGAUGAUAAAGUAAGUUUUUAAGGGAUUUGCAAAAAAAUUAAAAUUUUUUAAAAUUUUAUUUGACCUAUUUAAAAGUCCCACUGCGCCGCUUUUUAUUCUUCAAUUUAUGCACCGUGCAGUCGUUAAACUGACUGCACCGUGCAGCCUUUUAAAAACUUAUUUCGCACUGAAAAUAGAAAUUAAAAAAAAUAUCGAUUUAAAAGUGAAGGUUUAAAUUUCAUACUUUGUGUCAUUUUCAAAAAUUUUAUAAUUUCGCACUAAAUUGACUGCACCGUGCGGGUUUUGUUUGUUGCACCGUGCAGUCGCCAAAUUGAUUGCACCGUGCAGUCAACAAACUCACUGCACCGUGCAGCCACCAAAUUGAUUGCACAGUGCAAAUUUUAAAAAAUUUUUAUUGCGCAAUAGAAACAAUGAUUUUCGAAAAAUUUGACACAGCAAUAAAAAAUGCAACUUUAAAAACUUAAUUUUUUUACAAAAAAUAAAAUUUUAAAAAAAAUUUAGGUUGGCUACAGAGCCUGCGGCAAACUAGCCUCCCCUAUCCGCGGCGAAGACGGCUUUGUGCGAAAAAAGAACCUCAACCACGACCAAACCAUGGACACAACUACAGGAUUACAAAUCAAUUUCAUCAGGAAACACAAACCAUAA